GAUCUCUUGAGAAGCUUAUAUAAUUCGGAGUCCAAAGUGUUCUGAUCUAGCAUAGAAAUGGGGAUCAACGGAAAGGACCGCCUGAAGACAUAUGAUGAGUUCUGGCCUCUCUACCUCAAAGAGCACAGCAAGAGCGACACCAGGCAGUUGCAUUACCUGGGCAGUGGCCUGGCAUUGGCCGCACUCUGCGGAGCUGCUGUGAAGAAGGACGCCCGCCUUUUGGCGGCAAUCCCACUUGCAGGGUACGGACCAGCCUGGGUGGGGCAUUUCUUCGUGGAGAAGAACAAGCCAGCCUCCUUCAAGUAUCCCCUUUGGAGCCUGUGCUCAGACUUCAGGAUGUUCUACCUGUGGCUGUCUGGCAAGCUCGAUGCCGAGCUGGAGAAGUGCAGCGAGUCUGCAGACGAGUUGGCAGAAGAGUCGUGAAAACCUCACACUUUUCAUGCUGAUUGUCCUUCAGCCAGGACAGCACUUGCUCUUGUGACUGAAUUCCAGAGCUUCAUUUUUUAGCUAGUGUCUAUCACACAUGUAUACCUGGUGUCUGCCAUUUAGAAGAUGGCUGUACUUUUUAGGAAAAUGUAUAUAUAUGCGUGCCAACCCUGCAGGUGUCAUCACAGACCUUGUGCAGAAUAUGGUGCUCAGCAAUUUUCUGGCUUCUGCCGGUGGAUGUAUUUUUGGUGUAAGAUACUGCAAUUGGUUU